AGCUCCCCCCCCUCCUCCCUCCCCUCCCUUCUCCUCCCCCACCAAAUCCCCAAUCCGCCACGGUCUCGCCGGCGCCCCGCCUCCACCGCGCCGCCGCCGCCUCGGCCUCCCCGGCGCGCCCGCGCCUCCGCUCCGCCCGCCUCCUCCCCGGCCGGAACCAAACAGAGGAGGGUCCGGGAGGAUGGAGCUGCAGACGUCGGGCCGGCCCAUCGAGGUGCUCAUGGAGAAGGUGCUGUCGAUGAACAUCGUCUCCUCGGACUACUUCAAGGAGCUCUACAAGAUCAAGACUUACCACGAGGUCAUCGACGAGAUCUACAACCAGGUGGACCACGUCGAGCCCUGGAUGACGGGCAACUGCCGCGGCCCCUCCACCGCCUUCUGCCUCCUCUACAAGCUCUUCACCAUGAAGCUCACCGUCAACCAGAUGCACGGCCUGCUCAAGCACCCGGACUCCCCCUACAUCAGAGCUAUUGGGUUCCUGUACCUGCGCUAUGCUGCGGACCCAAAGACCUUAUGGACCUGGUAUGAGCCCUACAUUCAAGAUGAUGAGGAGUUUUCCCCUGGAUCCAAUGGUAAAAUGACAACUAUGGGCGUUUAUGUGCGUGAUGUUAUCCUUGGUCAGUACUACUUCGACAGUCUUCUUCCACGAGUGCCUCUCCUAAUUCUGCGACAGGUUACUGCCCAUCUUGAGAAAAUGAAGCUCCCAACAAAGCAGUCAGGGAUAACUGGGGAUUCUAGCCGCCUUGGUUCAGAUGAUACUGCCCGGCGGCCUCCUUCAGUGAAGGCUUCUCUGUCGGUCUCUUUUGGUCAGCGUGCUCCACACCGUGCAUCCACAAGGGAUUCAUCCCCAGUCCGAAAGACAUUGCCAUCUGUACGAGAAAGGGAAAGGAGUCAUGAUGGCGGUCAUGCCAAAUCUCCACCCAGGAAGCACCGAAGUCAGAGUCGUGAGCGCAGCCGUGACAUUGAGAGGGACCGUUCAGAUCGCGAUCGUGGUAGGUACAAGGAUAGGGAGCAUGGUCGGCACAGCCGUGAUAACAGAGACCGUGACUACCGCCGCUCGAGCUAUUCUGAUAGGGAUGUCGAGAGGCGGGGCCAUGAAAGGAGGGAUAGGGACUCUGACAGAAAUGGGCGUUCGAGUGGCCGCAGAAGCAGGAGCAGGAGCAGGAGUCCAAGCCGUGGCAGAACCAACGGGGACAGCCAUCGCUCCAGUCCGUUUGGUAAAGCGCCGGAGCCAUCCAACCUGGCGAAGCUGAAGGAUCUGUACGGUGACGCCACAAACGCAAAGGACGACGCCGGCGAUGAUAGAGCCCGCAGGGAUUCCGGAACUGAAGAGGUGAUCAGAUUGGGAGGCGCCAGGUGGAGGUGACUGCCAGAAGCCGAAAACCAUGGGGAUUCUAUUCUGGUUGUACUAGCAUUGCUAUACACUGCGGGCGAUGCGCAGCAGCAGUCAAUGGGUUUCGUCUCCCCUGCGAUCUCUGCCUUCCCUAGGGAAAAGUGUCUCCGACUAGGGUGUACAACGCAAAAUCUGUUGACCGGCUAAGCAAUUUAGUGGUGAUUCAAGAUAAAUUGUUCACUUUGGAUAGCCAUGUUCUGUAUCUGAUAUAUGAUUUAUGUGUUGAGCUCAAACAAACAUUUGCUUC